GCUUUCCGCUCUUCGACCAACUUCAUUAUGGUACAAAGUAUUUCAGAAGCAGAAUCUAUUGGUAUACUUAAUUUGCCAAACCAACGCCAUAAGAUAGUCGCAAAACGCGGUGGUCAUUUCACUAUCAUGGUCGUUGGUGAAUCUGGUUUAGGAAAAUCUACUUUGAUCAACACACUCUUCUCCACUGAGCUCUCAGCUAAAAAGGAUUACCGUCGCCGCCAUGCUAAGCAACUCGAUAAAACCACUGAAAUCGAGAUUAUCAAAGCUGAACUUGAAGAGAAGCAAUUCAAGGUUAAACUUACCGUUAUCGAUACUCCUGGUUUCGGUGAUUAUGUUAACAACCGUGACAGCUGGUCUCCAAUCAUUGACUUCGUUGACGAUCAACACGAAUCUUACAUGCGUCAAGAGCAGCAACCUAACCGUCAAGAAAAGUCAGACAUGAGAGUACACGCUUGUUUAUACUUUGUUAGACCAACUGGUCACACUCUUAAACCUUUAGAUAUCGAAAUUAUGAAGAGACUCGGUACACGCGUCAACUUAGUACCUGUUAUCGCAAAAGCUGAUACACUCACCCAAUCUGACUUGCAAUCAUUUAAGAAGCGCAUUUUAGAGGUUAUCGAAGCCCAAGGCAUCAAAAUCUACAAGCCACCUGUUGAAAGCGACGAUGAAGGCAACCAACAGCACGUUCAAGAUCUUAUUGAUAGCUUACCUUUCUCUAUAAUUGGUUCCACUGAGGAUGUUAAGAACUCUGAAGGAAAGUUGGUCAAGGGUAGACAAUACUUGUGGGGUGUAGCUGAAGUUGAAAAUGAACAACACUGCGAUUUCAGAAAAUUGAGACAAUUGCUCAUUAGAACUCACAUGUUGGAUCUUAUAAAUACUACUGAAGAAACUCACUAUGAGUACUAUAGACAAUCUCAAAUGGAAACAAGAAAAUUCGGUGAACCAAAACCAAAGAAGCUCGACAAUCCAAAAUUCAAGGAAGAAGAGGAAUCCCUUAGAAAGAGAUUCACUGAACAAGUUAAGCUUGAAGAAGGUAGAUUUAGACAAUGGGAGCACCACUUGAUGGCAGAGAGAGACAGAUUGAACAAAGACCUUGAAACUUCACAUGGUCAAAUCAAAUCACUUGAAUCUGAAUUAGAUGCCAUACAAAUUGGUUACGGUCGUUCACAACGUCGUUAGGUUACCACGAAAAAUACCCUAUCUUUUAUUCCAAAUAAUAAAGCAAACUAAAUUUUUUUGUCCUUUACAUUGUUUUCUAUGAAUUUAAUAAAAAUAAUAC